AUGGCGGCUCCGUGUCGUCUGCGGGAACGGCUGCCCCCUCCAAGGCACCCGGAUGACGGCCUUCCGAAGAGCGAAACCACCUCCCCGUCCGACCACCGAGUCUGCCUCCGCCACCCAGACUACCCGAAAAACGUGAGCACUCUCCUGAUCCUCGCCGCGCUCGACCCUCACAAGAACGAAAACUCAAGUCAAAUACGAUACGGCCUGCAUCAUGAGACGGCGCGCAUCGCCUGCGCUAUCGUCGCCAACUGCCGCUGGGACGGCUUUCUCUCCGAAUCCAGCCGCCCCGACGCGACGCCGCUCGCGCUGGAUCCCGACGACCCCCUGUUCGGUCGCGAUUACUACUUCCACGUCCCCGCUCGCGAUGGCGACGCUGGUCCCUAUCCGACGGUCCCCUCGUUCAAGCACUUUACCUUCCCGCACAAUAAUCUGCCUCCGACGUGGAAGGCGCCCGAGCUCACGCUACCCUCUUGUCCACGCGACACCAUCCACGCCCGCGACGAGUCGUGCCGCAUCACGGCGUCCGUCCUCGGCAACGAAAUCGCGCACCUCGUCCCGCAAAAGGAAGACGCCUGGUUUGAUGCGAACCAGAUGGCAUUGUACGCUGUGCGUGCUGAGGCCCUGACGAACGCGACUAAUGAUACUAACAACGCGCUCCUCCUCCGCUCCGACCUCCACCAGGCAUUUGACAACCGGCAGUUCGUUUUCGUCCCGAAAUGGCGCGCCUGGGCGAUCCACGUCCUCUCGGGUCUGCCGGGCGAGGAGCUGGCGGCGGUAUACCACAACGUGCCGCCGCAGGCGCUGUCAGGGCUGGCUGUCGAGUACCUCUUUGCGCGGUUUGCGUGGACGGUGCUUGGGCAGAUGAUGUUUGUCCGCACCGGCGUGGCGCGCCGCCUGGUGCUCUUGGACGAGGAUGGUCGCUCGCAUACUAGCGAUGUCUCUGGGAAGGAUUGUCGCGAAGACUUCCUGGCUAGGGGUAAGAGCCGCAGCCAAAGCCGCAGCCACAGUCCCAAGAAGCGCACGCUCGACGAUCUGGUGGAAGAUGAAUGGAGGGAUUUGUCUGACUCGUCGGAUGGGAAUAUGGAUGAUUCCGACUGGGAUACACGCGGACGGCCCCGGAAACGGAUGUUAUAG